GUGAGAAGAAAAAAAAAAAAAGUUAAUGCUUGUUUAAAAUGUGCUGCUUCUACAUUUUUCUUUUUGAUUUUUCAUCAACUGCUCAUUGAAACAGUCUGUGUCCUGCAGUUCCAGGAAAUUCAUCAGGUUCCAAAAUGGGCAUAGACUCCAAGCAAAACUGUCAACUCGUGCUACUAAUAGUAUCAUUUGUUUCUGUUGUGGCAGCCCUAAUUCUAAGUGUUGUCAAGAUCAGUGAUUUGUCCCUCCCACCGAGAAUCAGGUACGGCAUGGUGUUUGACGCAGGAUCCUCACACACAUCGUUAUUUCUCUACCAAUGGCCCGCAGACAAGGAAAACAACACAGGCAUUGUCAGCCAGGCCCAUACUUGUGAUGUGGAAGGGCCCGGAAUCUCCAGCUAUGCAAACGACCCACCUGGAGCUGGCAAAUCUCUAAUAAGCUGCCUAGAGGAAGCCAUGGCCAUUAUUCCACCAGAAAACCAGAGGGAGGCUCCUGUUUAUCUGGGAGCUACAGCUGGAAUGAGGCUACUGAGCCUAGAAAAUUCAGCAGCAUCUGAUAAGGUGCUUGAGGAGGUUUCCAAAACCAUUAGCAGUUACCCUGUCAACUUCAGAGGAGCUCGUAUCAUCUCUGGGGAGGAAGAAGGUUCGUAUGGUUGGAUAACCAUCAACUACCUCAUGGAAUCUUUUAUGAAAUAUUCUUUUGGCGGUCAGUGGAUGAGGCCAUUUACUUCCAAGAUAUACGGUGCCUUGGAUCUUGGAGGUGCCUCCACUCAAAUCAGCUUUAUCCCAAAAGUGAAUAUUGAGGAUCCCAAAGAAAAAGCUGAAUUUAAUCUUUAUGGAUUCCCCUACACUAUUUAUACACACAGUUAUCUGUGUUAUGGGCAGAACCAAGCUCUGAAACAAAUGUUGGUCAAGGCAGUACUGGGUAAAGAUCUGACAAAGCCAGUCAAUGUUCCUUGUUAUCCCAAAGGAUAUCGAGAUACCAUAUCUCUGGACUCUUUAUACAACAGCCCAUGCACAGCAUCAUCAGCUCCUUCAUCGCCUCGUUCUGCCCAGAUUACCUUGUUAGGAACAGGAGAUGCCAACCAGUGCCAAGCUCUCAUCAAAACCAUACUCAACUUUUCUGCAUGUGAGAAUCGGACAUCUUGUGCCUUUGAUGCAGUUUACCAGCCACCUAUUUCGGGGAAUUUGUUUGCUUUCUCCGCAUUCUUUUAUACUUUUGAUUUUCUUAACUUGACAUCUGGACAAACUUUACCAACUGCGAUCAACUCAAUCCAGAAUUUCUGUGCAAGAAGUUGGUCUGAGCUUCAGACCUCUUACCCCGGAGAAAAGAAAGAUCGUUUGAGAGAUUAUUGCGCUAAUAGUAAUUAUAUCCUCACCCUGCUGAGAGAUGCCUACAAAUUCAACGAGGAAACAUGGACUUCAAUCAGAUUCCUGAAACAGGCGGCUAACACAGACAUCGGCUGGACUCUGGGAUACAUGUUAAAUCUCACAAAUAUGAUUCCUUCAGAAACUGGAGCCAUCAUGAAGGUGCACAGUCAUGACAUCUGGGUGGCUGCCAUAUUUUUUAUCGUUAUCACUCUUGUUAUAGCUCUUCUCAUGAUGCUGACAUAUUUCUUCUAAACUAAACUGUUUGUUUCAUUGUGAAGGAGAAUUGAACUACAAGAUGCAACCUCUAAGGCCUACCUUUACCUAGACAUUACCACACUGGCAGUCAUCAUCGUAACGUAUUGAUAACCCACAAUACUGAAUGGUGUGAACUUUCCAAAAAUAUCCAUGACAUGAUGGACAAAAGCUAUUUUUCCAGUAUUUUUUUGAUAUUACAAAAAUGAUACCAUCAAAACGUAUGGAGUUGACAACCAACUCAUAAGUGUCUGUUAAAGGGAUAGCAGACAAGGAAUAACCAUUAUAUUCUGUCGCUGACUUUGGAAACUCUUUUGCUCUGACAAUAGAAGAUGUUGUACCGUGGUAGGUUGACCUAUUGGGCGAUUAGUCAAAAGCCGACAGCCCACGAUCGGGGAGAAGGGGGGGGGUGCUUGGGCCCCUUGAUGUGAAACAAAAAAGUAGUUUUCUAUUUCACAUUAAUGUGACAUAUCAAGCAUGUUCUGUCAGGUGUCAAUAAAGAUGCUAUUGUAACCAUUUGCUUUGGCAAUGUUUACUGGUGGCAGCUAUUUUUAAAGGCCUUGACAGUACUUAAUGGGACGAUAAGCACUAAAUACCUUUUAUAAGUAUAGUAUUGAGGUUAUUCACUGACUUCCUUUAGUCAUGGGUGCCACCAUGUUGAAAUCUAUCUUUCACUAUAUUUCACAUCUGACUUGUUUGUACAUGUGCAGCAACUCUCCUUCAGAUACCAGCAGUGAAACAUAGCUUCCAAAAUAGUGGCACCCAUAAAAUGUACUUAGUGUUUAGUGCCACUUUAAACAAGACAUGGUUGAGUGGAGCGUGACUGGUGCAGGGUGAAGGGUCCCAUUUUUUGCCCAGGGACCCAUGGGUUGUCAGUCCACCACUCUGCUGUACUAAAACAUUCAACAGGCAAAUUGUUUUUUUUACAGACGUUGACUAAUUACUUCCUAUUUCUCCAAAGUCUUAACAUCUUUCCACAUCACUAAUAUAUGAUCCAUGUGAAAAGAAGUUUGUUUUCAUAUUAGGAAAAAUGUUAAGGCUCCUUAAAAAAUAAAAAAAUAAACUUU